UUAGGUUAUGAAUCUCAAAUUUAAGUUUGUUGUUAAUCAUGCAAUUACUGCGUUUUGGAAUAUCUAAACUAUGAAUAUAUUUUACGUGCACAAACGAAAAUGUUUCAAUAUAUUGCUGUGUUUCGGCGUAGCCACGUUGUUAGUGAUAUUGUUCGAAACUCAGUACCUACCUUUCAAGAUAUAUCGCUUGUUCUACCCCUCAGGUAGUAUUUACUGUUAUCGAAUUCAAACGGAAUCUCUUCCCGAAAUAACCGAUAUCACGCCUCGUAAGGGAAAGUCGAUUUUCUUCCACGAGACAUCGUGCAAAUCUUUCUUGUACGAUAAAAUUUUCAUAUCCUCUCGACAGGCCUGCGCUGUAGAAAGCGCGGCUCGAACGAAUCCGAAUUACGAUGUUUACUUACUGUUUACCUCUCCUGGUUUACUUAAAUUCGAAGGCGACGAAUCCGAUGAUAUUUUAAAAGCUCUCUCAACUUACGAUAACAUCAAAAUGUUCCAUUUGGAUUACGAAAAAUACACCAAAGGAACGCCACUCGAAAACCUCUAUACCUCCGGUAAAAUAGAAGACUCGAUAUAUGCACAAUCUCAUGCUAGUGAUGUACUUAGAUACCUUACUUUGUGGAAAUACGGCGGCAUUUACUUAGAUUUGGAUGUAAUAGUUACGAAAAGCUUGGAAGAUAUACAGCCGAAUUAUGCUGGAAUUGAAUCGAAUAAAAAUGUUGCAGCCGGUGUGUUGAGCUUCGACUCCACAGGCAAAGGCCACGAGAUGGCCGAGAAAUGCGUGGAUGAUCUCAAACACAACUUCAACGGCCACGAUUGGGGUAACAAUGGUCCUGGUGUCAUAACAAGAUUGCUGAAAUCUCUUUGUGGGGUGCAACUGGCUAAAGAUAUGAUCGGUAAAGAUUGCGGUGGCUUCACCGCGUAUCCUCCUCACACGUUCUAUCCUGUGCCUUGGGAAAAGUGGAAGAUGUACUUCGAUGAAAACUCUACGAAAGCUGUACUUAAUAUGGCUAAAGACAGCGUCGCUGUGCACGUUUGGAACAAGCACAGCGAGAGAACGAGUCUUCCUUUGACUUCGGGCGCGCCUUACAUGUAUUUCGCUAAGAAAUAUUGCCCGAAGGUCAUCGAGGCUUGCCACGAUUCUUUUUGAGUUUUCCUUGUUGUUUUAGAUGGAUUUUGUUGAUUCUUCUGAUAUUAUUUCUAUACUCUCUAUUAUUCUUUUGGAUCUGGUAGAUGUUCUGGUUAAUUUUAUUUCUAUUUCUGUAUACUCUUAGCUAUAAGAUCAAAAUAUACUUCACUCGAAUUAAUUAAUAAUAAGUUCGUUUUUAACAGCUUGUUCUUUGGAAGGUAAAAUAUUUUUUCGCGCGAUUUUACAUUUUAAUAUACACAUCACCGAACGCGAACUUUUAUUUCGGAUUUUACGAAUCGUACAAUACAUUUUAACUACCACUUUAAAUAUUAUUGUCG